CACACACUCAAAACAUCACUAAAAAGGGAAGAUAUUUAAUUAAAAAAACACGGGCAGACUCAAAAUCAAUGGCGGCCACUGUCUCAUCUUCUUCAUCUACCCUUUCUGUUCAAAAUUUGUUAGAGAAUAUCCAGUCCAGAAAAUUACUGCGGCUCUCAACCCAUGCAAUACCGCCUCCGGCAAGCAGCAACGUCAUCGACGGGAGGUCGCCGGAGCCGGCCGUCGGCGGCAACGCAUUGGACGAGAAUGUAGUGAUGGUCCUAUCAGUCCUAUUGUGUGCCUUCAUUUUCACCCUCGGAUUGAACUCCAUCGUACGGAGCUUGUUAAGGUGCUGGAACAUAAUCGCGUCCGGCGAGUUGCCGUAUUCCGAUCCGUCGGCGAGAUUGGCGAACACCGGAAUUAAAAAGAAGGCCCUCAAGAUGUUCCCGACAAUAAGCUACUCGAGCGAUGAUCUGAAGCUGUCGCCCAGCCUGGACGCAGAGUGUGUGAUUUGCCUGUCGGAAUUUGCCGCCGGGGAACGGAUUCGGAUCCUUCCGAAAUGCAACCACGGAUUCCACGUCCGCUGCAUUGACCAGUGGUUGACCUCUCACUCAUCCUGCCCUACGUGCCGCCACUGUCUCAUUGACACGUGUCGGAAGAUUGUUGGUUGCUCUACUCCUGCCGGUGCUUCUUCUUCCCCGCCGCUGCCUGAGAGGAGAAUUGCAAGGAUGGAAGCGCUCCCCCGUGAAGGAAUGGUGUCCGACCAUCAAAAUUAAUUAGUUACUAAAUUUCCGUUUGGAUGAAUUUUGAUAAAGUAAAUUUAAGUAAAGGUAUUGAAAUCUAGUGAAUUGAACCUCGUGGAGGCUUAAAGAGAACAAAAGCAGAGCCUUUGGAAGACACUUAAAAAGGGGUUAUUGCCUAAUUGGUAUUUCGCACAUCAUGGCUUUACAUUAAUUAAAGAAUGAACACGGCGGGCGUAGCUCAACUGGUACCAAAGGAGUGUCACAAGGUUUAGGUCCCGGGUUUGAAUCUCGGCAAUUGCGAUGAGGGAUUACUAUGCUAAAAAUGCCUAGAACCUCUGCAAGUACCGGGGAAAAACAUCCGGCCAAAUCCUACAAGUAUUAGAUUAUGUAAAAAAACAUGAAGGGAAAUUCAACCAAAUUUGUAUCAGAUUUAGGUGGGUGGUAUCGCAAAAAUAAAUGGUGUUCCGGACUCCCACUGCUCGUUUGUUGAAGUAAAUUAGUAAAAUACUCCGUAUGAAAUAAGGAUGCUUACUCUUCCCC